AUGGUGACAUCGAGAGAUGUCUUGAAAUUCCAAAACAGCAAAGUGAUUGUGCAUUUUGAUGAAGAUUGUGGUCAACCAAUUGGAGAUUCUGGAGGUUUACUUGGAUCGUCGUUAGGUCAAUUAAGCCAUGAUGUGAAUUUGCUACCCAUUAACUACAUCGAUUGGAGGACUGUUAAUCCUCACACAAUAGAAAGGGCAUGGGAAGUAAUUCAGGCCAAAUUUCAGUUUGAUGAUCCGAUGAUGAGAAACGAAUAUGUGAUGAGUGCAUUAGGUAGCAGAUGCAAGGAUGUCAAACGUCGUCUUUGGAAAGAUUACAAACAAAACAACCUGAGUGAAAUGUUGCAGAAUCAACCUGUGGUCGUUNCNGAGGACCAGUGGCAUCAUUUCGUUCNCAUAAGGUUCAGUGAAAAGUGGCAGAGAAUGCAACAGCGAAAUAUGGAGAACCAAAAAAAGAAUACCAUGCCUCACGUGUGUGGAAGAAAGAGUUUUCCAAGGAGAAGAGAUGAGAUUAAAAUCAAGACUGGUAGAACACUAUGUCGAGCAGAGUUUUUCAUUGCGACUCGUACGAAACCUGAUGGAAGCUUUGUAUGUGAGGAGGCAAAAACCCGUGCGGAAGCACUUACAACGUUGAUGAGGCAAAAUCCGCGAGUCAUAAACAAUGUUACAGCUAGCUUGGAUGAUGAAUAUACUCAAGUGUUUGGUCCAGAGCGUCCAUGA